AUGGCCGCUAUGGAUCAAAUACCACCUGAGCAAUUGGCCAAGUUGGCUGGAGAGGAUCUGGGUCCACUCACCAAGAACAUCGUCAUUGCAUUCACUGUCAUCGCACUCGUUUCGGUUUCCCUUCGCAUCUACACAAGAUUCAGGUACAAAGCUGUUGGAUGGGAAGAUUACUCCAUCAUCAUUGCAACGGUAUGUCAAUCGCACAUUCUACAUGCUAUGGUCCUCUUAUCACUUGCGACAGGAAUCGUUCAAGUACUACAAGCAAAUGCUGGCAAUGGCAAACACGCGAUGUUUGUUCGUUACCCUGACAAAGUCGAACUGGUGCUCAAGUACCUAUUCUGGUCCAUCAUAACAUACAACUUGAGUCUUAUGUUCAUCAAGAUAUCUAUCAUUAUGCAGUACAAGCGAAUCUUUACUCUUGGUGGUAUGCAGUGGCCAUUAAAUAUCGCAAUGGGAAUUUGCGUUGCUUGGGGUGUUUCGACAUUCGGUACUUCAAUCUUCGGUUGCGUGCCUGUAAAAGCAUUCUGGGAUCUAGAGGCGAAAGCAAAUGCAAAUUGCGUCAAAGACGAGAUCCUCUGGUUCCUGAAUGCCGGCAUGAACAUCUUCACCGAUCUGAUGGUCGCGUCACUGCCUGUUAAAGCCAUCUGGGCACUGCAGUUACCCAAUCGACAGAAGUUCGCUCUGAUCGGAGUUCUGACGAUUGGGUGGUUCGUCUGUCUGGUCUCGUUCCUACGACUUCAUGCCCUGGUAGUGCUCAGCCAGCACAUGGACGAUCGUACAUACUAUUCUGCGGCUACAGCGUACUGGUCGUCAAUCGAGAUGAAUCUGGGCAUCGUGUGCGCCUCACUCCCCGCACUGAAGCCACUCAUCGUCAGGAUUAUACCCGCGUUCUCCACCCGCCACAGCAGCAAGGGAUACGGAGCCGGAUACAGCGGCCGUCUGAGCGAAGGAUAUGGACUGAGAAGCAGAGCUACGCGCCAUACCAACGAGGGCGAUGCGGAACUCCCAAUGGGGCCUAUGGGUGGCGGUCCUUACUCCCCCAGAGCCGACCAAGACGGCCACGGCAAAAGCAUUUAUGUCACUCAGCAAGUCGAACAUCACUACGAGAAGAACAAUCGAAGUGGCAGCGGCAGCGAUAUUGACAUCGACAGCGAGAGCCAGAAGGAUCUCGUUACAAGCGUAACCUACUCGUCACCGCUUUCGAAGUAG